AUGCCUCCAUUAAAGAGAGGUGUUGGGAGUGUUGGUAGUUUUAUUAAUAGUGUGCUGGUGGUGGGGUGGGGGCUGUCAGUGAAUGUGUUGGUGGUUGUAAUGGUUGUGGUGAUGACAGUGAGGGGUGCCAGUGGUGGGGGCGAUGGAGGAGCUGGUGGUGGAAUUGAGGUGGUGGUGAUGGCCAUGGCAAGGUAG